AUGGGGACUGGCGAGUCAUUGUAUGCCCCUCUCCAAGGCCACACUGGCUACGUUAACACUGUCGCGAUUUCCUCGGAUGGUAACCGCAUCGUGUCUGGCUCGGAUGACCAGACCGUUCGGGUGUGGGACAUGAAGACUGGCGAGGGAGUAGGUGCCCCUUUCCGAGGGCACACCGGACGUGUUCUGUCUGUCGCAAUCUCGCCUGAUGGCAAACACAUCGUGUCUGGCUCAGAAGACAAGACCAUCCGGGUGUGGGAUGAUUCUUCAAACCCAGUCUCUGUCACCGUGAACGAGGACGGAUGGGCUGUAAGUCCUGAAGGACGGCUUCUUCUCUGGAUCUCACCCAUUUUACACCCGCUGACAUAUGUACCCGGCAACACCCUCGUGAUACCAAAUCAUGCCUCACAGUUUGAUUUACGCUAUCUCGCACACGGUACAUCCUGGCACAUGUGUCGAGGAUAG